CUCGCCCUGCGAGAGCAGUGGCGGUUUCAGCUGGUGAAGAGCGAGCAUCAAGUCAACAUCGAGAGAAGAGAUUUGAACUGAGGGUCGCCUCUGAGAGAAAAAGGGUCUUUCUCUUGUUCCUGCCGCUGUAUUCCACGUCAUGGGAAACCACAAUAGCACCAACGGUGACCUGGGGAAUCAGAGUCAACCCCAAGUGCCUCAGAGUCAGCUGCAAAUGGAUUCGACCCAGCCCCAAGUGAUUCAGAGCCAGCUCCAAGUGAAUCCCAUUCAGCCCCCAAGCUCAAGUCCAGAUCAGCAGAAGAAUAAUAGCAGCACAAGUUCAAAGUGUGCACAAUGCUGCAAGUGUUUCUUGCCUCGGUGAGGUGUGUGAGGCCUUCUCAGAAACUUUCCUGGAAUCUUGAUCGAUGCAGAUGUUCCAACUGUAAGGUUCAAGACAUGUGGUCCAGUACCACAUACUCCCAGAAUACUCCUCGACAAUACUUAUACUUGUUCUGAUUAAAUCCACGCUGAAAACACUUUUAUUCAGCUGUGCAUGACAGCUUAUCAGCACUCUUCGGUUUAAAUUUUUUACUUUUAUCUUUUAUGGAAUGAUUUUUAUUACGGUGAUUUUAACUUCUUUUCUGUAAAGAACUUUGAAUCACCUCGUGGACGAAUUGUGCUCUAUAAAUAAAUUUGCCUUGCCUUACUAACUUACAGAACAACUUACAAAUAAAUGACAACUUUGUGUUUUAUUUGUUUCUCAUAGUAUGACCACUAAAACACUUUUUCACAUUUUUUUCUUUCAUAUUUUAACCCUAUUCUACUAAAAUGAUAUUAUUUUUCUUUUUCCUGUAAAAUUACAGGGUGUGGUGCAUGUUCGGGCAUCCUUGGCCCGACGCACCCGUGGCCCUCACUGCCGACGCGUAAGAUCACGCAGUGGGGGCGGUCCUCGAGCAGUGGGUUGACGGCGCCUGGCAGCCACUCGCCUUUUUUAGUCGCCAAUUGGUGCCUCAUGAGCCAAAGUAUAGCGCUUUUGAUUGGCCCUUUGGUUAGCGUUGCGUCAUUUCCGUUUUCUUUUGGAGGGCCGUGACUUCACCGCGUACACAGAUCACAAGCCUCUCUCGUUCCCGAUGUCGCGCACGGCGGAACCGCGGUCUGCGCGGCAACAGCGACAACUUUCGUAUAUUUCGGAGUUUACAUCAGACACGUCUCGAGGAAGGCCAAGGUAGUGGCUGACUGUCUGUCCAGGGCGCUCGCUAGCACGGUCUAGCUUGGUUUGGACGAUGCCGCCAUGGCACGGGAUCAAGAGCAUGACGACAGCGUGCGUGCUCUCCGUUCUGCGACCUCUGGCCUACACGUGCAGCGUGUUCCAGUUGGCGACUCGGGCACCGUUUUAUGGUGCGACGUUUCUUCUGGUGUUGCUCGCCCUUUAGUCCCUGCACAUUGGCAGCGCAAGGUGUUCGAUGCGGUACAUGGCCUUUCCCACCCGGGUCGUAAAUCGUCCGCAAGACUGGUGUGCCAAAAGUUUGUGUGGCGUGGUCUCAAGAAGGACGUGCUAGCGUGGUCUGAUUCCUGCGUUGCUUGCCAACGAGCCAAGGUGCAGUGCCACAUCAAGAUGCCCCUCGAAACCUUUCAGGUACCUGACCACGUCAAUAUUGACUUGGCUGGGCUGCUGCCCGAGUCACAGGGGUUCACGCAUCUGCUCACCAUGGUUGAUAGGACCACACGUUGGCCCGAGGCCGUUCCACUGUCGUCCUCGUCCACGUCCACGGCGGACGUAGCGUGGGCGUUUAUUGGUACGUGGGUGGCGUGUUUUGGAACACCUUCUGACCUUUCGUCAGACAGAGGGGUGCAGUUUACGUCCGAGCUUUGGGGCGCUGUUGCCGGCAGCUUGGGAGUUAAACUGCACCGCACCACCGCGUAUCACCCGCAGGCGAAUGGGCUGUGCGAACGUUUUCACCGCUCCAUGAAAGCUUCACUUCGUGCGUCUUUAUGUGACGGGGACUGGGUAGAUCGGCUUCCAUGGGUGCUGCUAGGUCUCAGGUGUGCACCCAAGGAAGAUCUGCGGGCGUCUUCCACAGGGUUGGUUUACGGCCAGGUGUGGCGUGUCCCCGCAGAUUUUGUGUCGGAAGCGACCGUUCCAUGGUCGGCCGCGAAUCAGAGGGCGACCUGUUGGAGUUCGCCGGCAGGUUUGCCCCGGUCCCGACCUCAUGGCACUGCGUGCCCGAUGUGCGCGUUCCGGCUUCUUUGCGUUCCGCGAAAUUUGUUUUUCUCCGGCACGAUGCGCAUCGCGGUCCCUUGCGGCCACCUUACGACGGCCCGUAUAGGAUUCUGGAGCAUGGGGACAAAUGUUUGGUGUUGGACAUUGGGGGCCGCUGUCUCGCUGGACAGAGUUAAACCUGCGUGUUUGAACCCUUUUCUUCCGUCGAAGGUUGCAGUACCUCCCCGCCGGGGACGUCCCCCUGGUCAGCGAUGGGAGGAGUUAACGGAUUCGUCGGUUCCCUCGCCCUCCGCCUUGGGACCGCCGCAGGUCCCUUCCCCCCGGCCUGCCACACCCGCCGCCUCCCCACGGUGUACACGUCGGAGUCGGGUGGUAGUACCUCCUACCUAUGCUGAUUUUGCGUAUGGGUGAAUUCUGGGGGGGCUUGUGUGGCGCAUGUUGGACAUAAUUCAUCCAUGGGAACUUUAUGUGGGUUGGAGUUUCACCUGGGCCCUUAUUGUUGAGGGACCCUUGUUUUUCUGGUUGAGAGACGUGCAUUUUACUCUGUGAGAUUGUAAGCUCGAGAGGAGCAGGGAAAUAAAUGUUCCCAGUUGUUGUUCCAAUCACUCCGCCUGCGACUCCUUCUUCCUGGCACCACAAGGGCUUUUUUUCCAUUUUAUUUCUGCUAUUGUUGUUUUUUUUUAUUAUUAUUGUCCAAAUCCCAGAUGCAGCUAACGCGGCAACUGCAUCGCUAACCUGGGACUCACCGAAGUUUUACCGUUACGGAAAUUCACCGAUUAUUUUUCAUUUAUUUUUUUGAUUGUUUGAGAAAGAGAGAAUGCCGGAAUGCCGGAAUGACGAUAUUGAUUGAUUUGUAUGAAAAACAUUGCGGACUUAAGAGGAUUGUAAAGAAAACUGCUAUUGAUAAGCCAUGGAUGACUAAAGGACUACGAAAUGCCUGCAAGAAAAAAAUUACUUAUAUAGAUGUUUUUUAAAAUCAAGGUCGAAAGAAGCAGAAGAAAGUAUAAGAAAUACAAAAAUCAGUUAGUAUUGAUAAUUAGAAGACACAAAAAGGAAUAGUAUGGUAAUUUACUAUAUGAAAAUAGAAAUAGUACGAAGGCUACUUGGAGAAUAAUAAAUAGUGUCAUAAAAAAUGAUAAAUGAAAAUUGGUUCUUCCAAAUUAUUUUGUGAAAAAUAAUGAUGACAUUUUUGAAAAAAAUAGAAUAGUAAAUGAGUUCAAUGACUUUUUGUUAAUGUGGGCCCGAGUCUUGCAGCAAAUAUACCUACAAUAAAAAGCAAUGUAAAUAAAAACACAAUAAUGGAUCAUGUGGACAGUAUUUUUCUAGGUAAAAAAGAAGAAAUACUGAAUAUUGUAAAAAGUUGUGCAAGUAAAGGAUCCACUGACUUUAUGGAUAUGGAUAUGAUAUUGGUAAAGAAUAUCAUUGAAUUGGUCAUUGAACCAUUUACAUAUUUACAUAUAUUUGUAAUCUAUCCUUUUUGUCAGGAGCUUCUCCUGACAAAAUGAAAAUUGCCAAAGUAAUUCCAAUUUAUAAAAAUGGAGAUAAACAUGCUUUCUCCAACUAUAGACCAGUAUCCUUGCUUCCACAAUUUUUAGACAAAUUUAUAGAUAGAAGCAAUAUUUUAAAUAACGAUCAGUAUGGAUUUAGAACCAACCACUCCACAUCUGUGGCUCUUAUGGAAUUAACGGAAGAAAUAUCUACCGCAAUAGAAAAGAAACAGUUUUUUGUGAGUGUUUUUGUUGACCUUAAAAAGGCUUUUGAUACCAUUGAUCAUAUCGUACUUCUUAAAAAACUGAGCAAAUAUGGUAUCAGAGGAGUUGCACUUGGAUGGGUUUCAAGUUAUUUAGAAAAUAGAAAACAGUUUGUGCAGAUAGAUGAGGUAGAAUCUAAAUUGCAUCAUAUUCGGUGUGGAGUACCUCAGGGAUCGGUCCUCGGACCAAAAUUGUUUGUUUUGUAUGUGAAUGAUUUUGUUUGUGCAUCUAAACUGUUCAAAUGUAUUUUGUUUGCGGAUGAUACUACUCUAUUUUAUUGUGGGGAAGACCUUGGGAAGGCGUUGGAAGUGGUUAAACAAGAAUUCAAAAAAAUAAAAGUGUGGUUUGAUGUAAACAAAUUAUCGGUAAAUGUUGAAAAAACAAACUUGAUGAUAUUCAGUAACAGAGGGAGACUCUGGUGCUUCAGUUAACAUAGAUGGUAUUGAAAUUAAUAGAGUAAGAGAAAUCAAGUUUUUGGGUGUAAUUCUGGAUGAGAAGUUGUGUUGGAAAUCACAUAUAGAGUACAGAAAGGUAAAAAUAUCCAAAAUAAUAGCAUUGUUACAUCAAGUAAAGGAUUCACUUUGCUUAACAAAGCAAUGUGUAUGUUGUACAACACCAUGAUUGUUCCACAUCUGACUUAUUGUAUUGAAGUAUGGGGAAAUGCUUGCAAAACAUACACUCAGUCAAUAUUUAUUUUGCAAAAAAGAGCAAUAAGAAUAAUCAGUAGAAAACAAUACAGAGACCCAACAAAUCCACUAUUUCUUAAGUUAAAACUAUUGAAAUUUUAUGAAUUAGUAGAAUAUAAUAUAUUGCAAAUUAUGCUGAAAGCUUAUAAAAGAAAGUUUGCCAAUUAAUAUUCAGAAAAGAUUUGAAAGAAGAGAAAGUAAGUGUUUGUUAAAAGGUACAAUGAUUUUCAAAAAAACAAAAUUCAGGACUAAAAUGAUGGAACGUUGUGUUUCUGUAAAAGGAGUCAGUUUAUGGAACAAUCUAAAUAAAGAAGCCAAGUCUGAUACCAUAUUUUAAAAAAUGGUUGAAACGAGUAUGUUGAGGAAAUAUGAACUAUCUCGGUUAUGAUUGGCUGUCAUACUACGGUUAUUUCUGUUGUGGGAAAUGGCAUUGGUUGAGUUGUAAUUGAAAUGUGUAACCACCUGUGCUGGUUACUAUAGGUAUAUUUUUUUUGUUUUUAUUGUUUUUAAAUAUGAUUUUUU